UGCGCUUCCGUCGCUCGCAUGAGCCGCCAUGCCGAAAUUGCUCGCGCUGGCUAACCUCACCGCGCAUCGCCGCCUCCAAACCGGAGACUACCCAACCUUCGGCUGCUCGCUCACCGAGGCGCAUCGCGGCGGCCUCGCGCCAGAGCUCAAGACACAGCACUGCAUAGAGCGGGAAGGCUACCUCCGCUACCCGGCCGAUUUCCACGGGCUGCGCAACCGUGUCGAGCAUUGCGUCGACCCAGCGCGGGGCGAACGCGUGAUCUUCUCCAACGGCGUGCCCGACCACGACAUCGAGCUCCAGCGGCACAAGGCGAGGCCGAGCCCCUUUUGCGAGGCGAGGUACCAGGUGCGGAUGCCGCUGCGGCCACGCUACGUCGGCGAGGUGACUGAGAUCUCGAGCACGGAGCCGAUCGCGUGGAGGCUCAACGGCGUGCCGCUGUACUCGUCGGCGUGGGCGGUCUGGAACCGCUUCAUCUUCUCGAGCUACGCGGCGAGAGGCCACCAGGGGUCGUACACCUCCCUGUGGCACUACCACCUGCUCUGCGAGCCGGGACAGGACUGCGAGGCCCGCGGCGCUGUAAUGCCGCCGCCCGAGGCGAGAGCUGCUCUAGCAGCAGCAGCAACAGCAGCAGCAGCAGCAGCAGCAGCAGCAGCAGCAGCAGCAGCAGCAGCAAUAGUAGUGGUAGUAGCAGUAUAGUGCCGUGCGGGAGGCAGCCUACUAGCGGUGAACAGGAGCUGCGGGGCGGCGCUGUGAAGAGGAGCUGUGAAGACCUCGAGCUGUUGAACAGGAGCUUCUCGCCUACUCGAUGGACGGAUUCGGCAUCUCACGCCCCCCUGCCCCCACCCCCUCCUGGAGAGC